GAUAGAUAGAAGAAGGGAAGUUAAAAUGUAACGUAAAUUAAAUCAAAUCCUGAGAAAAAAAACGCCCCAAAAAACGAAAAAAAAAAAAAAAAAAUGGGGUAUGAAAAACACUAAAACAACAACAACACGAUGAUGGAGCUUCCUCGUCCCUCUCAAACAACGUUAACAAAACCUCGUAACGUUGUUUUGUUUCAGUGUGUUGUUGUCGUGGCUCAACAAUUUUCUUCUGCAACCUCCUUAAUUUCCUCCUUAGCCUCGCUAUCACCCCACCGCUUCUUUUGCUUUUGUUUUUGUCUCUGUUUGAGGCAAUUCCUGAAAUCCGUGGUUUGUUUCCUCUUUUGCUUCUGGGAAAUGGGUAGUUGGAGAAAACAGCAUGGUGAGGGUCAUCGUCAAAUGGGUCAUUGGAGUGGAUCAUCAUCAUCAUUGUCAAAUAACAGGAAACCACCUUUGGGUAAAUGUAUUUGGAAGCCAACUGUGCCAAGAUGGGAAAAGAUGUUUUGCGCUUCAGUUGGCUCAGUUUCAUGGGAAAAUCUAGUAGAAGCCAAGAAGUACAUUUAUCUAUAUGACAAUGUGAUGAAUUGGGAUGAUUCUGCUGUUAAAGAGGCAUUUGACAAUGCAAAAAAGAGGUUUUGGGCAAAAAUCAAUGGCCUUCCCUGCGACAUAUCUUUGCCUGAUCCUGACAUUUACAUUGACGAUAUAGAUUGGAAUUCAAGUGUUGACCCUGAGCUUAUUCUGGACUUGGAAAGAAAUGCAACCACCCUCAGCGAGGAAGAAAAAGAUAAGGAGGUUGUCAUUCUUGAUAGUUCUCUCCUUUUGAAUCAGUCAUUUUCCUGCAGUGGAUGGGGGGAAGCUGAAGAAGACACACCAAAACCCAUUGAUUUAGUUUAUGGUGCUCAAGUGAACCUGCAUGAGAGUAACAUGGUAGGUCCUUGGGAACAAUAUUGGACUCCUGAUGCUGCUGCUGCUAAAACAUGGGAAUGGCAAAAUAAUUGGAAUGAUUCGUGGGGAUGGAAUCAGAGUCAGUACUAUUGGAGUGACACCCAGAAAAUGGGUAGAGGAGCUGGUUGGAAUAGGGGAACAUGGUAUGGGUAUACGAGAAAGGAAGAAAACAUAUCUUGGUAUCAAGCCCCUGCAUAUCAUCAUGGUGAUGAAUAUCGCAUGAGCAGAGGAAGGAGAAAUAAUAGAGGAAGGGGGGGAAAUUUUGCUCAUGACCAUCCUUGUGUGAACAAUAUACCUAAGGCAAGGUAAAUGAAGAGCAGCAGCUGUAGAUGCAAGAACUUAGAUUACAAGAACUGCUAUGGAACUUGGAGGGGAUUAGAUUUGUGAAGCUAGCUAGAAGAUGUGAGUUUUGUUGUCUCCAGAACCUUUGAAUAUAUGAUAUAUAGUAUAGUUAUAAGAACUUAGAAGAAGAGACUAUAUUUUAAGUUUUAUUUUCCUUUAUUACAAUGAGAGACUUUCAUGGUCUGUGCUGUUUAAGAAUUGUUUAUAGUUAGUGUACAUACUAUAUAAGAGAGGUUUAUGCCUAUAGAUAAAAUGUUUAAUGACCUUUUUAAGCGUAGUUAAAUGCUUCAUUCCUGUGUACUAAAAAAAAAAUAAAAAAUUCUUCAUUCU